AUGCACGAGGGGAACGGGCGGGGCAGCCCGUUCGCGCACGACCCCACGCUCGUCGACGCAGGCAUAUUCUCCGCCGAGGGCGCCGGCAAGGCGGGCGGCCCCCCCGGGCACCUCGGCGCCUUCCUUGCGCGCGAAAUCAUACCGCGCGCCGAGUCAGCGCCCCCGGCGAUGAACAACCUCGCGGACCUGGACAUCCUGCUGCAGAGCGCGCAGCUCCUCGGGUUCGACGCGCCGCCGGCCGCGGCCCCCGGCACCAACGGCGACGUCCCGCACGCAGCGGGCGUCCCUGCGAAGCAUCACGCGGGCGAUCCAGGUGCUGGCGGCGGGCCGGGCAGCCCGGACAAGGACACGGAGCUCCGCACGCACCCGCAGUACGCCAACUACUACCAGCGGCACCGCCUGCUCAACCCGCGGCUGCCUCCGCCCCUGCGCAACGGCGCCAGCCCGCUGGGCGCGGGCGCAACGGGGUCGCAGGACGCGGCCGACGCGCAGGCGGUCAAACCCACGGACAAGACCGUCCACCCGACCGUCCCCACCGACGCCGCCCUGCAGCAUCUCGCCGACGCCGCCGUCGAGCCGCCCCUGCGCGUCCCGACGCCCGUCGAGGCGGCGGGGCUCGUGGGGUCCCACCUGAGGAACGCGGCGCGCGCGGACGGCGGCUCCCUGCACGCGUCGUCGCACGGGAGCGGCGCGAGCACCGACACGGCCCCGCCCGGGUGGUCGCAGGGCUACGGCGCAGCGGACCGCCGGGGGCCACGCAGCAAGCGCGGCCCGAGCGGGCUCGCGGCGCAGAGCGCGACGCACCGCGCGCAGGCGGCGGCCACGGCCCCCACGUGGGCAGGCAACGCCUCGCACGUCCCGUCGACCGGAUACGGCAUGGUGGGGCCCGUGCUGGGCGGCGCGGCGGCGCAGCACCACGCAGGGUACGUCGGCGGCGCGGGGCUCGCGCACGGCGCAGUGCCGGGGUACGGCAGCCCCGCGCCGGCAGCACUGAUGCCCGUCGUGUACCACCCGGCGCCGCAGCAGCAGGGCAUGCACGCGGCGGCCGCAGCUGCCGCAGCGUACCAGGGCGCCGCGGGGGCCCGCGCGGCGUAUGCGCUGCCGCCGGGGAUGGUGCACCCCGCCGCAAGCGCUGCGUGGCAGGGCCAGUGGGCGGCCGCGCCGGCGGGGGUGCCCGCGGGGUUCCCGCAUGUGCCGGGUGGGGGCCUGGGGAUGCCCGACGCGCGGCCCCGCGCGGGCGGGCGCGGGCGCGGCGGGCGCGUGGGGGCGGGCGCGCACGGCGGCCGCAGCGGGCCGUACCGCACGGCCGCGGAGGCGCUGAUCGCGGAGAUCCGGGCGUCCAAGGGCAAGCGCACAGACCCGUGGUCGGUCGUGGGGUCGGCGUACGACGUGGCGACGGACCAGCACGGGUCGCGGUUCCUGCAACAGAAGCUGGACAGCGGCGACCACGCGCUGAUCGAGGCGCUGCUCGCGGAGCUGCUCCCGCGCAUGGUGGAGCUCAUGUCGGACGUGUUUGGCAACUACGUCGCGCAGAAGCUAAUGGAGCACGGGUCGGAGGCAGUGCGGCGGGAGCUGCACGGGACGUUUGAGGGGCGCGUGGUUGAGCUGAGCCGGCAGACGUACGCGUGCCGCGUCGUGCAGAGGGCGCUGGAGACGUUCGGGCGCGCGGGACGGCUGGCGGUGGCCGCCGAGGUGGCGCCGGACGCGCUCGCGCUGUCGCAGGACCAGAACGGGAACCACGUGGUUCAGAAGUGCAUCGAGUGCCUCGAGCCCGCGGACCUGGACCCGCUGCUCGCGCGCCUCAACGGGCGUGCGGGCGACCUGGCCGUGCACGCGUACGGGUGCCGCGUGGUGCAGCGGGUUCUCGAGCGGUGCUCGCCGAAGCAGCUGCGCGACGGGCGCUUCCUCGAGGACCCGCUCCAGCGCAUCGCGGAGCUGUGCGAGGACCAGUACGGCAACUACGUGAUGCAGCACGUGCUGCGCUACGGCGACGACGACGACCGCCGCCGCGUGGCCGAGCACGUCGCAGCUGACGCCGCGCGCAUGUCGCGCCAUAAGUUCGCGUCAAACGUCGUCGAAAAGGCCCUCGAGCUGAUCCCGGAGCGCGAGCCCGUGGACAGCAUCGUCGACGCCAUCCUGCAGGCCGGGCCUGCGGAGGAUGCGCCGGACCGGGACCGCCUCGUCACGCUGUGCUCGAACCAGUACGCGAACUACGUCGUGCAGCAGCUGGUGAACCGGUGCGACCCGGAGCGGCUGCACCAGGUGCAGAGCCGGCUGGUGCCCGCGCUGCAGGAGCUGCACGCGUGCCCGUACGGGCGGCACAUCGCCGCGCGUCUCGACACGGACGGCGGCGCUGGGCCGGCCUGGCCGGCGCGCGGCGGGCGUGCGGGGCAGACUGCGCGCGUGGCGCGGGCAUGA